GCGGCCCCACUGCGCGCGUGAUGGCCGCUGCGAGCUGCCGUGGUGCCGCGCUCGGCGGUUUGGCUGUUGGCGCCUUUAGCGGCGGGGCUGGUGCGCGCCGCAGCGCCAUGGGGCGGGGGCGGCGGCGGCGGCUGCUGCUACUGGGCGGCUGGCUGCCGCGGCUGACGCCUGCUCGUGGCACUGUCGAGAAGGCCGGGCCCAGCCGGACGGUGGCGGUGGAAGUGGGAGGCAGGAAGAUGGAAUUGUCCUCUGGAAAACUUGCUAGGUUUGCUGAUGGAUCUGCUGUUGUUCAGCUAGGUGACACAGCAGUGAUGGUCACAGCAGUCAGUAAAACAAAGCCUUCUCCCUCUCAAUUUAUGCCAUUAGUGGUUGACUAUCGUCAGAAAGCUGCUGCAGCAGGAAGAAUUCCUACAAACUAUUUAAGAAGAGAACUUGGUGCCACUGAUAAAGAAAUUCUUACCAGCAGAGUAAUAGAUAGGUCAAUUAGACCCCUCUUUCCAGUAGGCUACUUUUAUGAUACACAGAUCCUUUGUAAUCUUUUAGCAGUAGAUGGUGUCAAUGAGCCCGAUGUUUUGGCAAUCAAUGGAGCUUCUGCUGCACUUGCAUUAUCUGAUAUCCCAUGGAAUGGUCCUAUUGGUGCAGUAAGGGUAGGCCUGGUUGAUGGAGAAACUAUUAUCAAUCCAACUCGAAAACAGUUGUCGUCUAGCACUUUAAAUUUAGUUGUUGCUGGAGCCCCACAAAAUCAAGUUGUUAUGUUGGAGGCAACAGCUGAGAAUAUACUGCAACAAGAUUUCUGUCACGCCAUCAAAGUAGGGGUGAAACAUACCCAGCAAAUAAUUCAGGGAAUUCAACAGCUAGUGAAGGAACGAGGCAUUGUCAAGAGAACUGUUCAGAAGUUAUUUGUUGCUCCUGAAGAGAUUGUGGAAUGCGCAAAAAAAUUUGCUUUUAACAAGAUCUAUGCAGUGUUCACAGAUUUCAGCCAUGAUAAAGUUUCUAGAGAUGAAGCAGUUAACAAAAUAAGACUUGAAACAGAGGAACACUUGAAAGAAAAAUUUCCAGAGGCUGAGCCUUAUGAAAUCAUGGAAUCUUUUAAUGUAGUUUCAAAGGAUAUUUUUAGAAAUCUUAUUUUGAAUGAAUAUAGAAGGUGUGAUGGAAGAGAUUUGACUUCCAUCAGAGAUAUUAGAUGUGAAGUAAACAUGUUUAAAAUGCUUCAUGGAUCAGCAUUAUUUCAGAGAGGUCAAACACAGGUGCUCUGUACAGUUACAUUUGACUCAUUAGAAUCAAGUGUAAAAUCAGAUCUUAUCUCAACAGCUGUGAGUGGAGUAAAAGAUAAAAACUUCAUGCUGCAUUAUGAGUUUCCUCCUUAUGCAACUAAUGAGAUUGGCAAAGUUACUGGUGUGAAUAGAAGAGAACUUGGACAUGGUGCACUCGCAGAGAGAGCUUUGAAACCAGUUAUUCCCCAGCAUUUUCCCUUCACCAUACGAGUUACUUCUGAAGUCUUGGAGUCAAAUGGAUCCUCUUCGAUGGCAUCUGCAUGUGGUGGAAGUUUGGCAUUAAUGGAUGCAGGAGUUCCAGUAUCAAGUGCAGUGGCAGGUGUAGCAAUAGGUCUUGUUACCAAAUGCAAUCUGGAGAAAAAUGGUGAUCUUGAAGAUUAUCGUUUGCUGACAGACAUCCUGGGAAUUGAAGAUUACUAUGGUGAUAUGGAUUUCAAAAUGGCAGGAACUAAUAAAGGAAUAACUGCCUUGCAGGUUGAUCUAAAACUACCAGGAAUACCAAUGAAAAUUGUAAUGGAAGCUAUUCAGCAAGCCACGGCUGCAAAGAGAGAGAUUUUACAAAUUAUGAACCAGACACUGGCAAAACCCAGACCUAACAGGAAAGAAAAUGGACCUGUUGUAGAAACUGUCCAUGUUCCAUUAUCAAAAAGGUUACGAUUUGUUGGUCCUGGGGCCUACAAUUUGAAGAAACUUCAAGCACAGACAGGUGUAACUCUAAGUCAGCUGGAUGAAGAGACAUAUUCUGUGUUUGCUCCAACACCUAGUGCUAUGCAUGAAGCAAGAGAAUUUAUCCGUGAAAUCUGCAAAGAUGACCAAGAACUUAAUUUGGAAUUUGGUGCAGUCUAUACAGCCACAAUAACUGAAAUUAGAGAUUCUGGAGUAAUGGUAAAAUUAUAUCCAAACAUGACACCAGUGUUACUUCAUAAUUCACAACUUGAUCAAAGAAAGAUUAAACAUCCUAGUGCCCUGGGAUUAGAAGUUGGCCAAGAAAUUCAGGUUAAAUACUUCGGGCGUGACCCAACUGAUGGUAGAAUGCGUCUUUCACGUAAAGUUCUUCAGUCGCCAGCCACAACUGUGCUGAAGACUCUUACUGAUAAAAAUAGUAUUGUCAUGGGAGGUGCAGGUCCACAGUCAUCUAGUUCAUCCCAGUGACUGGAGAAGAGGCCUAAUAGUUCAUGGAAAUAUAAGCAAUCUUCACUAGAAUCUGCAGAUGGAUGAUAGUGAAUCAUGUUUUUAAAACAAGCUAUUUACACUUAAAGGUGAUAUAGAACUUCAAAGUCUUCAAACAGAUUAAAAACAUCUUUAAAAAAAAAAAAAAAAAACAACAACCAAUGUUCUUGCCUUGUAUAACAUGAGUGAGAAUUUAAGAACAUGGAAUUGUAUAGACUGGAGAUCAGAUUAUUUAUUUUUUAAAUACAUUUCAGUGCUUAAGAUUCGUCUUGUUACUAUCUCAAAAUAAAAAUACAAAUAUGAGAGAGAAGUAUUUAACAGUUGUUUCCUUGGAGAAGGCGUGGCCAGCCAAAGCAUUACUGACAUUUCAGUGUACAAGAUUAAAAAUUUGAGCAAAAGGUAAAAAAACUCACAAGAAGUAUCACCUAUAACAUGACAUUGUUUCAGAUAAAUACAUCAAUAACUGUCAUAGUGUUAACUUUAUUGAUGCUAAAAUACCUAACCGAAAGGGAGACAAAACAAAGAACCUGGCUGAAACCUAAGCAUUUAUUCUGAGAUCGUUAACACUUAAUUUCAAAAUAUAUAAUAAAAACACUAAGAUUAAAAUAAUUGUUUUGGAAUAAACAAUUGAUAUGAUAAAUCCUCCCCCAAAAGUUUUCCACUCUGAAUGCCAAAGUUCUUCUAUUUGGUUAUGUUGUAUCAAUGGACUCACCAGUCUCUUUUACAUUUCAAAAUGUUUCCCAAGGGCUCAUCAGAAUUACUUGUUUUUCUACUGAGAGGUACAGACUUUCAAAAUCAAAAAGAUAUUCCUCCUCAUGUUCUCAAAUUGGUAGAGAGGCCUAAUAAGGAAAUCAAGUUCUCACCUGAUGGCAAGCGAGCUCUGGACCUCCUGACAGAAAAAAUGUGAAUGUAUAGUAAGACUUGUUUUGCCUUUUUUUUUUUUAAUUCUAAGUUAAAAUAUUAAAAAAGGACUGGCCUACUA